AAUAUUUGACUAAGAUAUAUGUUUGAAAGAGUAAGGAAUCUUCUAGUUAUAUUUGAAACUCGUUUACUAAUUUAUUUCGAUUCUUUGCGAACCAGAGAUGGGAUUAUAAAUCUUUUAAACAAUCAACAGAAGUCAUGGUGUUAAUGUUUCAAUCUGUUGUACUUUUUAACACGGAAUAAGAAUAAUUAGUUUUAACUGUUAUAAAAAAAUAUAUAAAGUAUAAAAGAGGUUACGUCUACCGUUACGUCUCAGUUGAUUUGUGACAUCAGCUGAAGCCCCUCCCUCAUCCGCCUCAAAAUGUUUUAUUGUUUAGGCAUUAUGUUGACGUUUCCAUUCGUAAGUAGUGCUGUGUUAAACGGAACAUGUCCAUUUGUAACCCCAAGGGAGUUGGAUUUGAAAGAAUUGGAUGGUAAAUGGUAUGUAGCCGCUGUAGUCAGUGAUAUGAAGAUCCAAGGGGACUGUGCCAUGAUAUUAUUUAAUCACAAGAGUGAUAACACCACAGAUGUAUCGAUUAGUUGGAUCUCUAACAACACAAUUAGCUAUUAUAAUGGAUCUGUUGAACUGACUGUUGAUAGUAAUACAACUGGAGAUUUAUUAAUGGUUACUUAUACAGAUCAGAGUACAGAGACUUUCUCAUUUUUGGACGUGGAGUAUGAACACUACGCAGUAUUGUUCGCCUGUUAUAACAACGAAGAUGGCACAAGCAGUACUUAUGAACUGUGGAAACUCACCAGAACACCACAUAUAAAGGACGAUGAUGCGCUCAAACUGGAUCGAGCUGUGGCAAACUAUAGUCUUCAAGAUUCACCUUUCAUACAUUUUAAUAACACCGAGAAUACUUGUAAAGUCAGCGGAGGGACGUUUUUGAAUCCUUCAUCUUUGAUAAUGACAUCUGCAGCUGCUAUUACGUUAUUUAGACGGCUUUAUUAAUUCAUAGCUUAAUCUCUGAAAUCUAUUGUCUAUUAUUCUAUACUUCUUAUAUUAUAUUCUUUAACAGUGGUAGAGCCAGCUUUAACAUCUUCGCACGAAUCGGCCCGCUAUUUUAGCGGGCGAGCCGGGCCGCGUCCCGCGUCCGGCCGCUUCCCGGAGGCCUUAUUUAGUCCACUUUCCCUCUUCACCCCUUCUCUUAUAAGAAAAGGAUGGGAAGUGGACU